GUUAAUGCAAUCAUUAAACAGCAUCCAGAGAGUGAUCAUGAGACGUAUAGAAGUAAUUCGUGUUCUGUUAAUAGUUGUCGUAUGUUCUAUAACAGUCGUUAAUACGCAACACGGCGCAUAUCAAGAUGUAUCAAUUACAGAUCCUGACGUCAUCAAGGCUUCUGAAGAAGCCUUUAAAUUUUACCAAAAUAUUACACCUGAUUUUAAGAGUGUAGGAUAUGAAUUAAUCAAAGCUGAACAACAGGUUGUCGACGGGAAAGAUUUUCAUUACAAAAUUUCAUUUAAGACCCAAGUGUCUGAUGAGACUGAAACAGCUUCUAUGCAAUGUACGGGUUUGGUUUUCAAAGCCCCGGGUGAUUCAAAAUUCGAAACUAAGGAAAUGGAUUGUGAGUCCAGGAACGAAACUGAAUAAUUGUAUGAUUUAUUACUUUUAAAGCCGCGUUACACCUUCAAUAAAUUUAUAAUUAUUGUUUCUUAUUCAGAGGCGAAAAAUACCUUCUACUUAUUAUUUAUGUAAUGUGUUCCAAAUCUGUGAAGGAUUUUUAUAUCCGACUACUUAUUAAUAUAUAAAUGGUUGUAUAUACGGUUUAAGUGUUUUAAAAUUGUAACCAUAUUAGGCGAUUAACACACUGCACCGCGCCCCGCGACGGCGCGUGAGACGCAGAUUUGCAUCAACUUGCAAUUUAAUCUGCGCGGAGGCAGCGGUCUAGCGGCCCUGCGCCAUUUAAAGUACACGCUUCGUAGUUGAUCGCCGUAGAUUGUACAUGUAGCUGAGAUCCUUCUUUGCCAUGAAUGGUUAAUAAUACAGAACUCAUUCAGGACGCUCCAGUUAUACUGUCGAUUUGGUUUUUGUUUACUCAAAUAAAAAGACACCGAAGAUAA